UUCAAUUUCAUUUGCAUUCAUAUUAAGGUAUAAAUGUGGUAUGGUUCGACACGUGACCGUGAUAAUUAUUAGGUGAAACUUAAUGUUUACUGAUAUUUGACUUCGGUAUUUUUUAUAUGCAUGAUUCUUGGGAUUGGUUGAAUCAUGAAUUGAAUACAUCUCUGUUGAACGUCAUGCAAAUGUUUCCUGAUAAAAGUGUUUAAUUACUUAUUGUAUAUACAGGAUGACUAUCAAUAUAUGCUCAAUGUAUGAACUCCUUAUAACACUAGCAGAUUUUGUACCAGAUACAUAAUUUUGGUCUUAACUGAAUAAACAGUUUUGAUUGAACUAGAAAGUAUUACUAUUCUACGUCACUGUAACGUUGAUGUCGUCAUCAAUGACGUAACGCUGGAAUUUAAAAAUGUCAGACCAAUGGUUAAACUCUGCUAUCAAUGGAAAAAUUAAUUCACUAGGAAGGAGAAAGUAUGAGUGCGACUGAUCCUGUAACAAGUGACAAUGUAAUCUGAAACUUUUGCGAGCAUCUCGUGCUGUGGUAUAGGGGUCGUCAUGUCGAACACAUGAUGUAGACAAUUUGACGAAGAUCUCUAGUACAAUUACACCUGGUAGUAGAUCUACAGUUCAAGGAUGUCAAAAACAAUUACCGCUGGCGUUUCAAGUGCGUCAACUUUACAGUACACUUUCAACCGAAAUGUCAACAAAAAUGGUGAAGUUAGAGAGCAAGCUGACUUAGGGAAAGUGGAACUCAUUAAAGUAUCAGAUUAUUGUACAAAGAAAGAAAGUAUCUUCAGCAUUGUGGCUACUAUUUCUGCGGUUUUUCAAAACAGUAUAAUAGUGGUAAAAGACAAUAAUAUUUUUGUGUACACGAUGACAGUCGGUAUCAUAAAUUCGAUAGAAAAACUUCCCGGAAAAGAACAAAUGUUAUUUAAAGAUUUUGUAUACAGUGGGAAUACAAAGUUUAUAGUGUACCGCAGUUCAGAGAAGAAUACGUUUAUUCAUGUUUUAGAAGAAUUCUCAGCAAUUUGGAAACAAAUAGAAGCAAUGGAAAAAACGUACUGUCAGGUAACCGUGCGGAGCGAAGAUAUUGUCAGGUAUCAUUUGCAAGUUCUUUAUAAAAAAUCUCUUUGUGAGGGUGUGAUACAUUGGAAGGAUGAAGAAACAGAAGUUGUAUCUUUGAAUCUUUCAAAGAAGAUUGCGCAGUUAGAUUUUACAAAAGUGGUUUUACCCCGUUUGGAAUCAUCACGUAGGAUACCAUUAGCAGAAACAAAGCUACACCAUAUGUGUCAACACUACCCGAUCUUAGAGUCAGACAUUGAGUACACGAAUAAACUAUAUGACAGAACAGAAAACACAUUACCAUCACCCGUUCAUUUCCAUGCAGACCUGCAAGAACAAGGUGCCUAUGGACAUGUACAGACACCAUCUCUUCAGGCUCCAUUACAGACCAGAUACCCUUCGUACUCGGUCUAUGAAUAUAGACUAGGGACAUAUCCGGACAGUUGGGACGGAAAGCCACAUGCAACGCAUCUUUGCCGAGCGGGAUUCUUUUAUAUACGUGUGUUUGGUGACAUGUUUUCCCCAUUUUUAUUUCUUUUCAUGAACACACUUAUUAAAGCAAACCGUGAAGAGAUAUUUCGAUGUUUCUAUUGUGGCAUAGGACUUAAAGACUUUUCAGUGCACGAUGAUCCAUUUCUGGAACAUGUCAGAUACUCUGGUCAAUGCCCUGUUUUACAUGAUGUGCUAGGUGGAGCUGAAUUGUCAGCUGUGAAGAUAAAGUUGCAGAUGGGAGACCCAGAGUACAACCGAUGUUUGCAAAUGCGAGAGAUACAUAGAAAGACAGUGUACGUAUACCGGCAUCCUGAUUAUGAAAGCGAGGAAGCGAGAUUCAACUCAUUUUCUCGAUGGCCGCUUAGAGAACAGUUUCCCCCUCUAUCACUGGCACGGAUCGGAUUAUAUUACACAGGUUACGAAACUGUUGUGCGAUGCUUUGCAUGCGAUGGCGGGUUUCGUAAACCUCAAGCGGCAGAUGAACUUUGGUUUCAACACGGCUUUUACUUUCCAUCCUGUCCGUACAUGAGGAUAAAAAAGGGAGACCGUUUUGUUAAAAUUGUAAAAGGCACCAAAACGGAGACUGAAGAAGAGGAAAAGAAAGAAAGUGAACAGGGCGCAGUCGGAGGAGUAAGUCUAACCUGUGAGAAAAUGAGGGAGAUCAAAAUUGAAAAUAGGGUGUAUCUCCAAAACACUUGUUUGGAACUGGGGUAUCUAGAGCAAGAUAUUGAUGACGCUUUACUUGAAAUGAGAAAGCGAGGAUACAGCCAAACUAUUGAUACCUUGAUGGAUUUAAUAGAGAACAUCAAAGAGAGAAGGGCACUUCGAGAUAAAGUAGAACACUUAUUGAAUGAGUCACGCAGGGAUCAAAACGCAAGCCUCAAGUGCAUUGUUUACUGUAUACUAUGCAAGGAUAAAGCAAAUGCGCUGUUCCUACCCUGUACCCAUCACAAGUUUUGUAUGGUUUGCGCAGAAAACAUUGAAGAAUGCCCGAUAUGUCAAAAAAAUAUCAAUGUGAAAAUAGGAACUUUUACGGUUUAAAGAAUUUCGAAAUAUAUGUUGUUUUCAUAAUGCUACGGCAGGGAAAAUAAAAUCAAAUACAAUAUUUAAGAAAAGAUAGUCUUAGAACAUUCCAGUUAACGUGUGAAUAUAAGACGGUAAAUUGUUUGAAAAUAUAUAGAUUUUGAUAGUAGCGUAAUAGAGAAAACAAAAUCACACAUAUUUAUGGAACAAUGGCCUUCGCAGACGAAUUCGAUAAAAACCCUCAUUCUUGUGAAAGACAACUCUGCAAAAUGGAAUACGUUUAUUGUCUUAAAAUAGGCAUAAAAAAGAACAAGAUCAUACAUGCUUUUGUAUGGCUAGAACCCAAAUUGCGACAAUGACAAUUGCGAAAAAGAAAACCUUUUUGGUUUACAGGAUUUGCAAAUUUAUCUGUCAUAAAAUGGGCAUGACAGAGAACACAGAUCUGUAAUAUGUAACUGACAUUCUAGUCUUGACAACUAUUUUCGUAAUACUUCGGUUCUAAAACAAUUAUUCGUGUUUGGGCAGUCUAGAUUUGGUCAAUUCAAACUCAAAAGACUUUGUGAGAGGGACAGUCACAAUGUGGAUCGGACGUUCGUUCUGGUAUGAGCAUGUUUAGUGGUGUGCUACCAAAUGGACUGAACUUUAACCAGUUGUGUCAGAACAAAGGGAUUUUAUUGUCGAUGUUUUCUAGUUCCUCUGAAUAUAUCUUAUGUCUUACACAGUUUUAGUUGUGUGCUACCAAAUGAAUUGAACUUUCAUAGAUUCCGUACGAAAUAAUGUUUGGUGCUCCUCUCUGUUGCGGAAUCACACGUUUGAUUUUUCAUAUAUAAAAAUAAUUUAUAGUAAAAACUAGAUAACCUAACUUUGUUGACUAACGAAAAAAUUUAACAAUAUCAUAACAAUGAAAAGUAUCGUAAAAGAAGAAAAUGAUCUGACCUUUUAUCUUUAUAUACAAUACUAACCAAAUAUAUAAAACUGAUUUUAUCAUAAACUUGCAACCACUGUCAUUGGAAUAUAACAUAAUGUGACAAAAUCAAAUUAUUAUGUUUCAUCUAUACACCUUAAACUGUUCAAUACGUUGGAUGUAUAUUGAUAUAUAUCAAAACUUAAACAUACAAUUUAGACGCCUUUGGAAAAGGGUUAUAACUAAUCGGUCUCCUGAAACAAAUAACAUAUACCAGUUGAAAACGCCAUUCCAAAGUUGUAUAUUGGCUAAACGGAUAUGUUCUGUAGAGUUAAGAAAUUCAUCAUCAUAUAAGAAAGUAGCAAAAUUGUUGUAAGACUGAAGUUAACGCCUGUUCCGGCUAAAGUAACGUACAAUGUUGCGAUGUCUGAUAAAAUGGAGUAAUGUUUUAAUUCCUCAAAUUCGAAGCUAAUGCUUCUGAGCAUUUUUUAUUAAUUUUCGUUCAUAUUUUGUAACUAACAAACGACAAAUAUUUUGUUGUCUUUUUUCAUCAUUCUACAUCGUGUAUGAAACAAUUCGAAAAUUUGAUUUCAAAGAAAUGCCAAUUUAUGCUAAUUAUGAGUAUUUUACUUGAAAAUUUACCCAAACUGUUAUAGAUCCAGUGAAAAUAACAUUUUCUCAGAGUCAUCCCUGAUGUUAAUGUUUUGCAAUCUAUGCAAAACAAAACCUACAGGUCAACAUA